CGGCGCGGCGUCUGUCGCGCGCGGCUCACCGCGUCCGGUGCGCGGCGGUUCUGGAAGGAUCCCGGCGGCGGCGGGCCCGGCGGCGGGGCCCGGGCGGGCGCGAUGUCGGGGCUGCUGCACACCACGCUCAGCGGGCUCAACAGCGACUCGUACUGCGAGAUCAGCCAGUACCGGGACCAGCACUUCCGGGGUAGCAGGCAGCUGCAGGAGAAAUCGCUGAAGAUUUCCUCCACGCUGUAUGUCGGCAACCUGUCCUUCUACACCACCGAGGAGCAGAUCCAGGAGCUCUUCUCCAAGUGCGGGGAUGUCAAGAGGAUUGUCAUGGGUCUGGACAAGAUCAAGAAAACCCCCUGUGGCUUCUGCUUUGUAGAGUACUACACGAGAGCAGAUGCUGAGCACGCCAUGAGGUUUAUCAACGGCACGCGGCUGGACGACCGCAUCAUCCGCACAGACUGGGAUGCAGGGUUUAAGGAGGGGCGACAGUAUGGGAGGGGAAAGACUGGAGGACAGGUGCGAGAUGAAUACCGGACAGACUACGAUGUGGGAAGAGGUGGCUUUGGCAAGAUCAUUCAGAUGCAGAAGGCGAAUCACCAGCCUGCAAUCUAUUAAUUGCCUCGUUGCUCCUGGCUCGUAGAGGGCUCUGUCCUUCCAGAGGUAGCCCUGUUUCUCGCAUUUGGGAUCAGGGUAUGGAGUGAGAUCCAAGAUCCAGCAAAAGGUGACUCUCCUUAGACUGUGGAUAUACUUGUGUUCAUUCUCCAUUCUUUCUGAGCUAGAGAGGUUGUUCUGGGCUGAUACAGGGCAACGAGGGGAAAAAAUGGACAGCUCUGUAGGAUUUUGGGCAAGAAGAAAUGCAGCAUGUCACACACACCUUAUGCUAUGACAUACUCUUCAUGUUGCACUUAAGCAGGUGGCUUCCUCCUAGCUGCAACUGCAGCUGUGGUUGCUUUCAAACUGAACUUUUUUUAAAAGCUUACCACCGUUGGAGCCCUCCAGGUGCCUGGGCACCCAGUGAGGAUGUACAAGAGAUUCAGGUUUCUAAUUUACAACCUCACCUGCUUAAUAAACAGUAUUACUGUUUGAAUGAGAGAAGUGGACAUGGUCUUAUCAUUCACUCGGAGGUGCUUGUCUGCACAUCUAGCCCUUGGGUUGGUCAGGGCCUGCAGAGCCUUUCUCUUUGUGAUGCCCCCAGUGCUGCCUGGCUUUUCAGAUCCUCACUGUUCAGUGUGAUUUUGUUUAAAGUUUCUGUUAAUUUUUUAAAAUAAACACUUGUAUUGGGUCUGACGGAGAUGAAGGAAAUUUUACCCGUAGCAGCCUUUGUAGAGCUGUGCUUUGUAUUGGUAGCUAGGAAGGAGUUGAUAAAACAACAGUGUUUUGGCUAUUCUUGAACAAUGUUCCCACAGCGUCAAGGCUGUCUCUAACAUUCCCACCUCACCAGCAGGCUGGGGUGGGGGCACAUCUUGGGAUAUUCCAGACCAUGUGGCAUCUGCUCAGCAGUAAUAGCUAAGAGAAGGGAGGUGGGGGGCAUUCCUUAUUAAAACAUCUGUCUUCUGGAGCAGCUGCUCUGUGUACUGAAGCUGUGCUUCCCAGGAAGGGGCCGGACAUCUCCUGCUGGUGGAAAGUAGAGAAUAAAUAUUUUGUUUUCCUUUGCUCCCACACGCAGCCUUGCUUUUGCUUUAUUAAACUGCCUUUAUCUUGGCCCACAAAUUCCAUUCCUGUAGCCACAUUUCUCCUCAUGGAGAAAAGCAAGGCACAAUUUUCCCCAAGAAUAUUUCUGGGAUUCACAUUCUCUGAAUAUCAAAGAAAGAAAACACAAUUCUUAUCACUUGCUGUGCCUGUGUUUGUGCCAGAGUAGAAUGCAAUAUGGAGAUGGUUUAGCCACAGUGAGGAUGUUUUGUUCCCUUGGCCUAUCAGGGCCAAGAGUGUGUGUGUGUGGGGACUGUCAGGGGACAGUCAGGAGACAGUCAGAUGAUGAGUGCAGUGUAAGCAGUUGUGAGCAAGAGUGAGUGCAUGGCAGAUUCCGUUUUAGAUGUAUAGAAUAAUAUAGUGUAAUAAAGUACUUAAUUGGCCUUCUGA